AUGGAUUAUGUGCCAAAAGAAAUUUCAAUAAUAAGACCUUUUGAAAUUAUAUCAGGAGAUGCAACUUUAAAUAGUUCAUCUAUUUUUUUAAAAAUGUUACCAAAUGUGCUUUUUGAAUAUAAUGACUCUACCAUGAACAUUCCAGGUUUUAUUCUAUAUGAUAAAAAAAAGUAUGAAAGCCAAAAAAUUUGUCAAAGGAGAAAGUUAUCUGAUAAAUCAUCCGAUGAUACAAG